AUGAUGAUGCAUCCACGAUUGAUGAAUCGUCCUCGUGGAAUACAUAUGAUGUCGGCGCCUCACGUAUGGACGCCACAAUCAUAUUAUUUUGAUCCACAAACAUCAUCUGUUCAUUAUCGUUUUCAACCAAAACAACUCUAUGAUCCAAAUAAACCAAAAGUAUCAUCAACAUCUGAAUGUCAUAAUUCAUCAAAAGUAAUUCGUAAAAUUGAACCAAAAAAUAAGAAAAAAACAAAACAAACAACUAACAAUGAUAAUUCAACUGUAUCAACAUCUGAAACUAUUCCACAUCCAAUUACAAUUCUUCGUAAACCAAAUAUUUCAUUCGAAGAAGCAGAAACAAAUACUUCAUCAAUAGAUAAUCAAUCUUUAUUAUUACCAAGUCAUGAACUUUUAUCUAUUCUACAAAGUGCAAAUUGUUUAUCUUCUUUAAAUGAAUAUGCUCAACAAAAAAAGUUUACAUUAAAUUAUGAAUAUUCUUCUAUUUCUCCAUCAUCAUUUACAUCACGUGAUCAAGUUUUACGUAUACUUUAUCGUGAAUCAUGUAAUAAAGAACAAUUUCCAUUGAAAUUUUCAGAUAAACAUGAUUAUAUUGCACAUCAAUCUAUAUCAAAAUUUCAAAAUUUAAAUAUAAAUGAAUUAUUACUCGGUCGUAAAACUUUAGCAUGUAUGUUAAUGAUAACUGAUGGACAAUAUGAACAAGCACGAAAUUCUUGUCCUAAUGAAACAAAUCUUAUUUAUGCUAAUGAUGGAAUAGUUUUACAUGAUUGUCAUUCUGAAAUACUUGCACAUCGUGGUCUUAUCAGAUUUUUAUUUGAACAAAUUAAACAAUCAAAAGAUAAUCAAUCAUCAAUUUUUGAAUAUAAUUCAACAAUCAAUGAAUAUCAACUUCAUUAUAAUAUAGCAUUUCAUAUGUAUAUAUCAUCAUUACUAUGUGGUAAUGCUUCAUUUAAUAUUUUAUCAAAUUCUAUACGUUAUAAACAAGGUCAAACAGAAGGUACUAUACUUUAUUCAACAAAUUCAAUACAAUAUUCAAUAAAAUCAUGUAGUGAUAAAAUAUAUCGAUGGAAUAUCUUAGGUAUUCAAGGUGGUCUUCUGAUAAAUUUACUUACUAAACCAAUUUAUCUUGAAUCAAUAACAUUAGCAUGUGAAGCAACAUUUGAUCCUAAACUUCAAACAAGUGCAUUUGCAUGGAAUACUACAAAGCCAGAUAGAAUGGAAUUAUUAGAACCUAUGACUGGAAAAUUGAGAAAUGAUCGAUCAAUGUCUUUAUUAAGUAAACGAAAUCUUUUUGAAGAUUGUACAAAUUUUAUUCAAGCAAAUUUUCCUGAUGAUAAUUCUUUACCAUAUACAACUUAUCAGCAAGCUAAACAACUUAAUAAAACAUACGUUGCAGUAAAAGAUCUUAUUUCAACAGCUUUUCAAUCUGAAUCAUCUGAUACAAAUAUAUCAUGGUUAAGUAAAAGUGAUAAACUCGAACAAUUUUCAAUGGAAUGA